AUGUCCAAUCGAGUAAUACAUUGUGUUCUUGAUUUUUUUGCUAAACCUGGAUCUGAAGAAAAAGUACGUACAAUAUUAUUAAGUGUACUCGAAAGAGCACGUAAAGAAGAUGGAUGUUUAAAACAUAAAUUAUUUCAAAAUAUGGCUGAUCCUUGUCAAUUUACAUUCAUUGGAGCAUGGGAAAGUGAAGAUGCAUUGGAAGAUCAUUUAACAUCAGAUCAAUAUCGUAAAGCAGAUUCUGAUAUAAAAAAAGAUGUAACAAGACCUAUGGAUCAAAAACGUUAUAAAUAUAUACAAAAUGAUCCUAGUCUAGUACCCGAUACAAAAGCAAGUGGUUUUUGUACACUAAUCUAA